GGAGGAGGAGGGGGAGGGCCUUCUCCUGUUCGCCGCCGCGAGGUGAUCGUCGUGACGCUGGCCAGGUCGCCGUGGGUGACCGAGGCCUCUGUUUUUUUCUUCCCAAAAGUGGCUGAGCUGAUCAAGGAGCUCGGCAUAAAGGUGGUCUACGCCUCGGGAGCCGACGGCCUUCGGCCGAAGCCUCCUCCAAGGCUGACGGACGAGCAGCUCGAGGAGUUCUGGGGCAGCGUGAAGGGGGAGGCGAUCGGCAAGGAGGUGCGGGAGUUCUACACCCAGUACGAAGGGCAGAGCUGGAAGAACAUCAUCUCGAUCGGGGACUCCGAGUUCGAGAGGCUGGGCACCAUGCGGGCAGUGGAGGAGUACAUGCGGAGGCAGGGCAUCGCGGACGUGAAGGCCUGCAGCUCGCGCGCCGAGCAGCAGGGAUCCCUGGAGCCUCCGUCGCCGAAGGUCGAGAAGUCCAAGGCGCACCAGGCCGAGAUCAAGGGGCACCUAUACAGGGUCCGCAUCAAGACCUUCAAGAUGCUCGACCAGCCGACGGCCAGCGAGCUGGUCGCGCAGCUGGACAUGCUGCGGCAGUGGCUGCCUCUCAUGGUCAACUUGGACGACGGUUUCGAUGUGGAGUUCGGCAGUAUCCAGGACAUGGCGCACAUCCAGAUGAUCGACGACGUCCUGCGAGGCGUCACCGUCGAGCAGGAGAGCACUCCUGGGCCGAUCAUCGAGACCCCGUGCGAGGAGUGAGGCCGGAGGUCCGGGCCAUGCCCUUGUGGUUCAGCAUCCGCUCGGUUCGUCGUCGUCGUCCUCUGGUCCUCCUCCUCCUCGUGCUUCUCCUCCUCCUCCCCCUUCAUCAUCCGUUUCUUCAGCAGGCUCAGUCUGUUGGCGUUGAGGAGCAUGAGUCUUCCUGACAGCGCCCCUCGUCUCACACUCCCUCCCGCUGCUCUCCGCGUUUCCUGUUUCUUCCGUAUGUCUUUCUGCCUCCUGUCUGUCUUUCCUCGUCCCGCCUGCACGUGUUCCGCCAGCCAGCGGCUUUCUCUCCGCGCUCCGUUACCGCUGCUUCGUCCUGCACAUGCCCCGCCAGUUGGCGUGUCAGCGCGUGCAUUUUAUAGCACGGCUGUGUUCCUCCUUCGUCCGUCUUUCUUCGAUCUUCCUGCAAGUGCUCCACCACCCGGCGUGACAGCGCGUGCACCAUGUGUCAAGGCAGUUUGUUCUCCGUCCUCUGGGUUUCUUCUGCGCGUGCUCCGCCAGCUGGCGUGGCAGCGCGUGCAUUCUAUUUCA